GUUUGCAGCGUGUGUCUCGCUCCUUUCGCCUGCCAGUUCCGACAAUUCCAGACUCUCUGACUUUACGCCAGCCUUUUCCAGAAGAGACACAGAGAGAGAGAGAAAAGCAGGCGGCUGGAUAAAUAUAUUUAUGACAGAAGUAACUGGAGCAAGGGGCUCUCACAGACACAGCUGGGUUUAAAGAGCACUGCUAGGAAAGCAAGUUCUCGCUUGAGAAAGGAGUCUCUCUCGUUGGAUUUGAACAUUGUUUCCAGGGCGUUUACUAUGUCAACUGAGAAAGAACGGAUUUUCAGAGCACUUAAAAAUUUGGUGCAGAAUCCUGGAAAUGGGAUCUGCGCUGAUUGUCAACUACCAGAACCUGAAUGGGCCUCUACCACUCUGGGAAUCUUCAUUUGCCUAAAAUGUUCGGGGAUUCACCGGAACAUCCCUGAUGUGAGCAAGGUCAAAUCUCUCAUCCUGGAUCCUUGGAUUGAAUCUCAAAUUCAGUUUAUGGCCCAACAUGGUAACGCAGCUGCCCAGCAGAAGUAUGAAGCAUUUGUGCCGAUAUAUUACUACGUCCCGAACUACACCGACUGUCAGGUCCUGCGGGAGCAGUGGAUUCGAGCAAAGUAUGAACGCAAGGACUUCACCGAGCCAAAUAAACCAUUGGCCUAUGCUACAGGCUACAGAGAAGGGUUUCUAUGGAAACGUGGCCGAGAUAACGGGCAGUUCCUGAACAGGAAGUUUGUCCUGUCGGAGGCUGAUGGGAAUCUGAAAUAUUUCACCAAGCACGAUGCUAAAGAGCCCAAGGCCGUGAUUAAAGUGGACAAUAUCAAUGCAACCUUCCAACCAACCAAGAUUGGGAAUCCCAAUGGCCUUCAGAUCACCUACCUGAAAGACAACAGCACUCGGAAUAUUUUCGUCUACCAUGAAGAGGAAAAGGAGAUUGUAGAUUGGUUCAACGCGAUACGUGCUGUCCAGUUUCACUACUUGCAAGUGGCAUUUCCAGGGACCAGUGACCAUGAGCUGAAGCACAAACUGACGAGGAACUUCCUGAAGGAAGGCUACAUGGAGAAAACAGGACCGAAGCAAACCGAAGGUUUCAAGAAGCGAUGGUUUACUCUGGAUCAUCGACGCCUGAUGUACUACAAAGACCCUCUGGAUGCAUUUGCCAAGGGAGAGGUCUUCAUUGGCAGCAGUGAAAACGGGUACCUAGUCAAAGAGGGUCUGUGCCCUGGGGCCCAGAGCAGUCCAGGAUGGCAGUAUGGCAUCACCAUAGUAACACCAGACCGAGACUUCCUGUUCACAUGUGAAACGGAAAGCGAGCAGCAAGAAUGGAUAGCAGCAUUCAACAGCGUGAUCAAUCAACAGAUGUCACCUCAGGAAUAUACAGUGGAAGCCAACUUCAAACACAGACGAUAAAUCCCCAAACAUGCUGACCUCCAACCUUUAACUUCUGACCUCAGCUUCACAGACAAACACAACACAAAGCCAUCGCUAUGGUGCUGGAAGAUUAGAACCUCCCCAUUUUUUACUCCACUUCUUACCGAUGAGAGUGCGAGGCAUUUCCCCUGGGGCCUUGGCUUCAUGCGCUGCUGGCGGGCCCCUGGGAAUGUUCUAGAACAGAAGCAUGAUGUAACUCGUUGAGCCACAUUGAGGGUUCUCGGCACAGCCAUGGAUGUGAGCUGCAGGGAUUCAGCAAAGCCGGCCUGGAGGAAACACAAACAUUCCACUGUCUAUUGGACAGAGAGCUGACCAAUCCACCUUCCUGUUGAGGAGACUGGUGUGCCGAGGGACACUCCAAUAAUCCCAGCACAGUGACACAAAUACUCAGCAGAACGUUUUGUCCACCGGGGAUUAAUUUAGGGGCAUAAUAAAAUGGAAACAGGAAAAAAAGUCCCAACUAGAAUAGUGGAGGGGUAUUCUUUAGCCAAUAAAGCUGAGGCAUAUUCAUAAGGACAGUGUA